AUGGUCAAUAAGUAUUGUAUAGAAGCACUUGAUAGGACAAUGCGAGAUUUAUUGAGAUUCAAGAAUAUUCACAUUGAAGAGCAACCUUUUGGAGGGAAAACAAUUGUUUGCACCAUCUUGAAACUAACAAGAAAUAUGCAUGUACAAGCAGAUGAUGCUAAUGUACAUUCGUCCCAGUUAAAGGAUUUUGUAGAAUGGAUACUAAGCAUUGGCGAUAGUAAAUGCGGGGAGUCUAAAGAUGGAAUUGAUACAAUUCAAAUCCCCGAUGACAUUAUGAUAAAAGAAUGGGAUGAUCCUAUAGCUGCUAUAUGUAGAGCAAUUUAUCUCGAGAUGUUUUGGCCUUCAAAUUCUGUCUAUGAAGUCAAAGAUUGA